AUGCAGUAAAUAGUAGUAGUGGUAGUAGUAGAAUAAGUAGUGCGUCAAAGUAUUUUAUUUUAUACUCUCUACACUGGUGGAUUUUUAUCUCUCUCACCCCCUAUAGACUUAAAGGCAUAUGUGUAGCUUCUGACGCGAUUUGACACGUCGUCAGAAUGCCAAUAUCAAGGAAACAUGAAAUUUGUAGUCCACCCAUUUUUAAUUUCAUUGAUUUAGAAAACGGAUGAAAUGUGUGUUAGACAGUGUAGGAGAGUUAACAAAAUUAUUCUCCGAUUUUAUUAUAAUUAUUAUUACUGCUAUUAAUAAUAAUACAACGUACAUUACUGUCAUCUCAUAGAUUGCAACACUAAAAAUACAUACAUAUAAUAUAUACAUAUUUUCAAAUUAAAUUACUUCAUCAUUUAAAGGAAGGAGAAAUUUUAAAAAAUCAAUUCUCUAAAGCUAUGGGUCUUCUACCAUUACUUGAUGCCUCUGAUGUAUUAGUUCUCCAUUGUCCAUUAUGUUGCUUUCAUACACAUUGGUUAAAUCAACUAGAAGUACACUUUAAUCAUGAACAUUCAAAUGAUAAUGUAGAUUUUAUGCUUUAUCAAUGUUCAGUAUGCCGAAAAAUUGCUUCAUGUAAAGCAUUCCUUUAUGAACAUAUUGAUAUACGUCAUAAAAAAUGUGUCAAAUCAUCUUUACAGGUGUGUAGAACACAAUCACCGAAAGAUACUCAAUCAUCAGAUUGUAUUGUUGUAUCGAAAGGUUCAGAUACAAUUUUGGAUAAUAUAAAUAAUAAUGAAGAUACUGUUGGCACUAUAGAUACUACUACUACCACUACAACUAACACUAACGAGGAGAACAGUAGUAUUAAUAGUGGUACUAAUGUCAACAGUGAUCAUAUUUCUAGUCCUAAUAAAGACGAAAAACCAACUGAUGUCAAUUCUACUAACGAUGAAAAGGAUAGCGUCAGUCAAGAAGACAAAAAUGAUAAUGAUAGUGGCGGUGACAAUGAGGAGAGCGCCGAAACGAACAAUAUCAAUAUCCCUAUAAUAAAUGAUACAAUAAACAGCGAAAAGAUAAAUGAAGAACCCCUUGCAAAUGAUACUAAAACACCUAAACAAGCAUAUAUAAAAAUUUUAUUUGUAGGCAAAUUAUGCGGUAGUCAUUCGACACUAUCAUCCACCUCCUCCUCUCCAUCAUCAGGGGCAACAAUAACCGCCUCUUCUGGUAUAGCAUCUUCACAGUCUUCUAUUCCAUCACUAUCUCAUGAUGUAAUUACAAAGUCAAAAUCACAUCUUCAUCAAUCACGUCUGUUAAAUUCACAAAAACUUAAUGAUUAUCACUUUCUGAAUUCCAUUAAACAUCAAUGUUUAUUCUGUGAUUAUAUAGGCAGUGAUUCAACAAAACUAGCUGAACAUUAUGUUCAACAUGGAAUAAGACAAUUACAAUUACCAAAUAUGGAGAAGAAAUUUCAUAAACUAUCAAAUAAUCAUUUAAUGAAUAUGAAUUCGUUAACAGCUAUGAAUGAAUUAAGAAAAUAUGUAGCAAGUGAAUGUGAUGAAAAUUGUCUACCGGCUGCACUACUAGCACCUGUUAUUGCAUCAUCAAAUUUAGAGGAUAAAAAAUCAAUUUUUCAUUUCAAUGACAACGAUAAUCAUAACCGAGAUGGUGAAGAAGACGAGGAAGAGGAAGACAACGAAACUGAGGCGAAAACAGAUGAAAAACGUAUGCAUAGACAUCCAGAAUCAUCUUAUUAUCAAGAAGAAGAGCAUUGCAGUUCCAAUACUGGGAAUACUGUCCAUUUGAAUACCACAUCUGGUGUUGUCGGAGCGAUGAAUACUACUACUAGUACUACUGCUAAUACUAUUGAUGAAGCUGAACAUGAUAUGAAAUCAUCACGUGUAUCACGUCGGAAUCGUAAACGUCAUUCCAGUUGUGAAUUAUCACUUUUAACCAAUGACUAUAAACGUUAUCAUUAUGAAGAUGAUUCACCUGUGAAUACCAUUAAUACUACCACUACUACUAAUAAUAAUAUUAAUAACAGUAACCCUCAAUCAAUGCCAAUAUCCUCUUCAUCAUCGUCACAUACAUCUGGUAACCCCAUUUCUACUAGUCACAAGUCGACAGUAACUAAUUACAGUCAAGGUAUACUGAAUCCACAAAUACACAAUUCUGUCAGCCAAGAAAUUGAGAAUGAUUCACAUUUAACAUCUACAGGAACACCACUUCACGAUAACCAAACUAUUCAGCCGUCAUUAUCUCCUAAUCCAGUCUUGCCUAUCGGUAUACCACCAUAUCCAACUUAUAUGAAUCCAGUUAUUCUGUCAGCUUUAAUGGCAUGUGGUUAUUGGCCAUUUAAUGCUUUAUCACCAUCACCAAAUAAUCCGAAUACACUAGAUUCAUGGCGUACAACAAAUCUAGCCUUAGAUUCAUUACAACAAACAGCUUGUCUUCUUGGGAAUCAACAACGUCUAACAAAUCCAAACAAUUUUCCCCCAGUUCUAUCACCACCGUGUAAUUCAUCGCCUAAUCCAAGUUCACUUCAGUCGAAUAGAAGUUCAAGUCCAAGAAAUUCACUAUCUGAAGAAAUCAUUUCAAAUCUAGGCAAUAUUAAUCAGUUGAAUUGUCAAAAUAAGCUAACAGGAUUUCCAUCAUUCCCUAUAUCGUCGUCAUCAUCAUCAUCAUCAACAUUACCGAAUAAUCUUCCUGGAUCGCAUAAAAAUCUUUUCAAUUAUUCAUCAUUACUUCAACCAUCCAACCUACUUACAUCACCAGACACAAAUCCAUUUCUCUUACAGCUAUCAUCGAAUUGUCCAAUUCCACCAAAUUUCCCAAUGAAUACUCCUUUAGGAGAUAAUAACAAUAUUAGUAAUAAUAACAACAGUAAUAGUAAUAAUAAUAGUCAAAAUAUGCUGGCAUCAGCUUUAUCUGCAUGGUGUACACAGCAGGCUGAAGUUGCUGGUUUAUUCCCGUAUAAUUUACAAGGUAGAAGUCCACCUAUACCACCAUUAUUCAAUCCUAACCUUAAUAUGCCUACAGAUAAUCGUGAUAAUAACAAUAAUACCAGUAAUGAGUGUAAUUCUAACAGUCAUCGUAACAACAGCAAUAGCAAUAGUAAUAAUAAUAACAGUAACAAUAAUAACAUUAUCACAAACUUAUUAAACACAGUAACAAAUGUAAAUCAAGGCAUAAAUGAUAACAAAGCACAUGUAAACACUUCGAAUUCUCACAUCCCAUGUAAUCCAUCUCAAUCAGAUCCAGUGACCUCGUCAGCCUCUUGUUCUUCAUCAUCCGCGUCGUCUUUAUCAUCAACUUCUUCAAAUUCUCUCGAUGAACAUCAAUUCAAUUCAUCUGUAUUUAUAAAAACGUCACCAAAGUUAAAUAAUUCCCUUGAUAAUACUUCAUUAUGUCCAUCUGUUCGUCUCACCUCGCCUUCUUCGUCUAUGCCAAGUUCAACAUUCAAUACUAUUCUCGGUUCGAAUUGUUUAAAUGGAAAUCAAUCAUUGGCGAAUUGUCAAACCUCUGGAUCAACUUCUUCUCUAGCAGCUAUGAUGGCAGCGGCUGCCGCUGCAGCAGCAAUGGCUGGUAUCUGUCGAUCAAGUAGUACAGAUUUAACAACAAGAUGCAGUAUGCCAACUACAUCAGGAUUAAAUCAUCAAUCACUGGCAUCUCCACUGGCAUCAUCAUCAUCAUUCCCUACAUCAAUCAAUCAAGCAUUUAAAAAUUUGUCAACAGAUUUAAUGAAUUUAUCAUCAUCAUCAUCAAAAGAAAUAACUGACGAUCUCUUUAAUUCACAUGAUAUGAUGAUGAUGGCAACAAUGAGUGGUAUGGCGACGACAAAUGAACAACCUCAUCAGUAUGCGCAUCAUUCACAGUCGAAACAUGCAAGACAUCAACAUCGUUCUCAUCAUCAACAUCAACAACAACAGCAUAAUGAUCAUAAUAUAGACGAUGUAAACGAUGAAUCCAUUACAGAAAUGGGUGAUGAUAUUGAUGAAGAAGGAAUAGAUGACGGAGAAACGCCUGGAGAGAAUGAUGAUGAACUUGUUGAUGAAAUGUUAUUACAUGAACAAACAAUGAAUACUAUGGAUAGUAGUAAUAAAGAAUGCAAUGGAUUAUUAGAAGAAACAUUAGAAAAUGAUGUUUACACAGGGAAUAAUGGCGGUAAUAAACAUUUUGUUAAAUGUUCAAUUGGAUUAAAUGGUGAAGCGGUUAAUUUAAGAAGUGGAAAAAAUUUAUCCGAAUCAAUGAAGAUUAGUCAAUCACCAAAUAAAGAUGUUAACAGUUCUCAUAUUCAUCAGAUAAAUAAUGAAAAUAAAUUAUUAUCUAAAUCAUAUAAUAAUAAUUUACUUGGAAAUAUGAUGAAUGCUAAUAGUAGUAAUAAUAUCACUACUGGUAAAGCUGGAGUUGGUUUCGUCAGUAGCACUGGUGGACGAAUCAAUCCUAAUCUCAGUCAUGAACAGAAACGGAAUCAUCGAAGCUUAAAUGAAUCAUCAAUAAUGAAUAAUACUAAUAAUUUAGGUGAUUGCAAUUCAACAGAAUCUGAUGAGAAUUCAUCAGUAAAUAUGUCUAACAGCAACAACAACAAUGCAACAAACACAUCGGUGGCAAUGUCUACAGCAACAACAGCACCUGGAGCUCCAACUACUACUGCAACAUCCUGCUCUUCAACUUCAUCAACAUCACCGAGUGGUGGUGGAGGUGUUGGAUCAGGUGCAUUAUUCAGUAUACGAAGAGCUGUAGGAUUGUCUAGAACUAAUCUACCCUUUCCAGCACGUAAACGUUUAUUUGGCUGGUUAGUUGAUCAUUUAAGAGAACCGUAUCCAUCAGAAGAAGAGAAAAUGAUGCUUGCUAUGGAGACGGGGUUGUCACGGACUACUGUAAAUAAUUGGUUUAUUAAUGCUAGACGACGUUAUGUGAAACCAUUAAUGCAAGGACGACUUGUUUUACAAUCAGGUGUUUUUAAAACUGUUUCUAAUGAUAACUGUAGUGGUAGUAAUAAUAAUAAUGCAACAACACUUGGAGGUAGCGGAGGGGGCGGCGGUGCAUCGUCAUCAUCCGCUUCAUCUCCCCCAUCACCUGCAACAAACACAACCAGUAAUAUUAGUAAUAAUAACAAUAGCAACAGCUUUGGAUCAAAUCAAUACAUGGCUACAAAUGCUUCUGCGCCUUACAAAUCGAGUUAUACACAUAGUCCAUUAAAUGAUAAGGGUCAUCGCGAGAGAUCUGGUUCUCGAAGAGGUGGUAGUAACAGUGGCUUUAGUGGUAAUACCAACAAUGGUAAUAACACCAGUAGUAACAUUAACAAUUCACCUAAUAAUAUGCUACAAUUUACAAAUUCAUUCACUACAAAUCCCCUUUCUUCUACAAAUGAUUCAAUCAACUCCCCAUGUCAUAUCAGUAAUUCAUUUCUUUCAAAUGCUUUUCAAUCCUCCUGUUCCUCGUCCUCAUCACAACAAAAUAAUUUAUCGAUUGGUAAAUCACCGAAUGCAUCAGAUUCCGCAGCAGCUAUCUCAGCAAUGGCAGUUGCUGCGGCAGCUGCCGCAGCUGUAUACGCUGGAGCUACAAACAGAGGAUCGUUGACAUCCGUUCCAACGACUGCAUCCUUAUCAGGUCCACCAUCAUCGUCAUCAUCAGUGUUAUCCCCAUCAUCAUCGUUACUAUUCUCAUCACAAUUUAGUAAUCUACUUAAUUCAGCAGCAGCAGCGGCAGCGGCAACAGGAGGGGGAGGAGCAAAUUCAUCUAUGGGGAUGAGUCGAUCAUCACGUGGUGGAUCUAUGCAUCAUUUACAUUCGUCUCUACAACAGCAGCAACAACAACAGCAUCAUCAGAAUCAACAUUCACAACAACAACAUUCUGAUAUGUUAUUAUCCAAUGAAAAUUUAGUAGAUGGUAUUACAAAUCUAUCUAAAAAUCUCUUAUGUUCACCUACAUCUGAGCAAGAGCAUAUGAUAGGCGGGAGUAGUGAUUGACUGAGCAAUUCACAGGUGAGGUGGUCAAGUUACACGGAAGUUUCAUGAAAAUUGAAAAUAUUAUAUCUCUCUCUAUAUAUAUUGAAGAGAAAUUAAUUAAACAUCUGUUCACGGCAUAAAAUGUAUUAUAAAGUUGCGUUUUUUUUUCGUUUUUUUUUGUCAAUCUCUUAACUUGUUCAACUAUCUCUAUAAAUACAAUAACACAACAAAAAGGAUUGCAGAACGAAAACUCAUCUACGUGGAGGUUUAAUACUUACUUUAUUGUCAUAAUAAUAAUAAUAUGGAAUAAAGAAAGAUACAGGUGUUUCUAUAUGAAAAUGAGUAUGUACAUAAAUGUAAACCCUCGCCCAGCCAUCCACCCACUCACCCUCACUCACUCACAUACACAUACACGCUCCAACUCCCCAAAGACACCCCUCCCCGCGCGCUCUCUCUCUAUUUGUGCUAAUAAUAUCAAUAAUAACAAUAAUAUAACAAUGGUGUAUAAUGACAAUUCUGUAAAAUUCUCUUUCUCUGUUGUUUUUUUUAUUUCUAAUAUAAUAUACGCAUAUAUUACAUUUUUAGAUUUGUUAUGUGAAGACAUUUAUUUCCGUGUUGAUGUAAGACUGUAGUGUUAUGGUAGAAACCAAAUGUGCUUAUACACACAUAUGUGUGUUCAUAUGAGUACAUGUGUCCGUCUGUGUGUGUGUGUGGAUAUCUACUUACCUUAUUCGCGCCCACUUUUAUUGUUCUAGCGAUCUUUGCACUCGAUUAUUAACAUUAUAGUGAUACAAUGUAUGUGUAUUUGUGUGUGUGCGUGUGUGUGUGUGGUUGUUCCUCUAAGAAGGAAUUUCAAGAAAAAAAGGCAAUUGUCAAAUGAAUGUUUUUGGCAUUACAGUAUUUUUUAUCCCCGCCCCCACUUUACUCACCUCCGCACAACCACCCCCCUUUUUUCUUAUUCUCUAUUCCUCCUUUCUUUGAAAUCUGUGUUUGUUAACAAGAAAGAGGAGAAUGAAACUCACCUUUUUCUAAUAUUUCCGCCUUUUCUUGUGUAAUAUUUUUCUUCUUAAGAAAGGGAGUAGUACACAAUACGGGGGAAGAAGAAGAAGAAGGAUUAAAGAACAUUUUUGCUUUUGCUUUUCACGGUUAUCUUGUUUCAUUUUUUAAAUCUUUGUUAAUCGAUUUUAUCGAUGAGUGAAAAGGCGGUCUUAAAACAAGUAGUAAGUAAUGAUAUUUGUAUUAAUUAUAUUUAUUAAAGAAUAUUAUUAUUAUUAUUAUUAUUAUUAUAUUAUUGAUUUCUCCCUGAGUAAUUCAUUCAUUUCACAUUUGCCUGUUGUCUCACUCUUCCUCCCUCUUUUCAUCUUCCUGUCUAAUUCCUCUCCCCCCCCCUCCACCGCCAUGGAUGUAUCCCCGCCCACACACACGCAUACACACUUUGUACUGUACUCUGACGAUUUUUAUUCUUCUUUUUCUCAUUUCUCAUUCCUGCCCCCUCCCUUUCCACCGCCUAAUUUACAAAGGGAAAUAUCAAAGGUAAAAGCUAAUUUCCAGUAGUGAUAGUAGUCAACGUCAGCUGUUUAAGAGAAAAAUAUGUUUCUUCAAAAAAUAAAGUUUCUUUUUUCCUGCACUUUAUUCAUAUUACUAUAAUUUUGAGUACACAUAUAUGUGCUUAGACGACACAUAAUGUGUGUAAGUGGUGUACAGGAUUGUUAAUAUAUAUUUUUUAUAGUAAUUUGUAGGAAUGUUAUUAUGUGCCUAUUGUAAUUUUGAAUUAUAAAUACAAACAGGGAGGGAUGGGUGGUUACAAAUAUGAAAAAAAAAUUAACAAACUAAAACAAAAUACGUGAGUAGGCUUGCACACAGUCACAUACAUCCACAGAGGGAGGUGGAGAGAGAGAGAGACAGACAGACAGACGCGUAAACAGUACACACAAAAACCCCCUUCAGCAUACAUUUAAAUGUGUUUCAACUAACUAACUAUAAAGAAGCAGGUAUACACUCUGUACACUCUAAGUCUUAUUACAUCAUCGAUUGUUAUAACUGUCAUUAUUUUCACAAUAAUGACUACUCCUCUUAUUGUUGCUAUGCCAACCACAGUGAAUUAAUUAAUAUAAAAAAACACAGAUUUGUUUGUUUUUUUUCUUUUGUUCUGAACGUUGACAUUUUGCUUUUUUGUUUUUUCUUCUUUCUUUUAUUCUUUUUGCGUUCUGUUGUUUCUUUUACAGGUUAUAUACAUAUAUGCAAUAUACAUUAUUUAAAUAUACAUAUGUGAAUCUUCA